AUGUAUGUGCAGUUAGAAGCUGAGAUUUUAUCAUUUUCCAACAAGUGACCCUUUCUAAGCUGAAAUGAGCUUCACAACUUCUGUUUACCUGUUCGCUAUUGGUGCUAUUUGUGGAUCAGUCUUGAUACUGAGACGGGAGGUUGGUUUUGUCUACAAGAAUGGAAAGCCAGAAGCUGAGAUGAAAAUUGAUUUGUUCGUCGAUCUGUUUUGUCCCAAAAGCAAGGCUUUGUUCUCUAGACUGAUGGAGGUGGUGGACGGUUACCGCGAUGACCAGAUACGGCUGAAGACCCACCUGGUACCGUUACCAUACCACGCAUUCUCGUUCAUGGCCAGCAAGACUGUACACUCCGUGUCCACACUGACCAGGGACCAACAAACGUAUAACUGGAUGGCAGCCAUCUUUUCAAACAUGUCACUGUUUAGAGAGAAUGCGCAUUCCAAGACACAACACGAUGUUAUGACGCAAUUCACGGAUAUGGUUGAGACAUUCAAAGUCGACAAGGACGACUUCACACAACUGUGUUGUUCCGAUUUACAUGUUGAAGAUGACACAAGAGUUGGCUGGAAAUAUUCGUGUUCACGUGGUGUUCAUUCUGUUCCAUGGUUCAUGAUAAACGACAUGACAGUUAACGCGGAAGAAUGGACCGUGCAAGACUGGAAGAAACAAAUUGAUAAAUUACUUGGCAGUCAAUAAA